CGGAGCGGCAGCGCGGAGGAGAGCGGAGCGGAGCGGAGCAGUCGGCCCGCGCCCGCCCGGCGGGGGCUGCUUCAAUUCCGUCGUCUUGUCACGACCUGGUGCUGGUGAGAACUUGCUAGCCCAAGGCUGGCUGUGCUUUUGCGCUACUCUGAGUCCUUGGGUUUGAAGAUUCAUUGACAUCACUGAGACUGACACUUGGAUCUUCAAGAGAAGAGGUUUUCUGACAGCCCUAGCCCACUCCACCUGACCCUAUGACUGGAGGGUUCACCGUAGCUCCGUCCUUUGCUCUCCAGUUCCACAAGAUGGGCUCCUUCAGAAGGCCCCGACCUCGCUUCAUGAGCUCCCCGGUCCUUAGUGACCUGCCACGGUUUCAGGCAGCACGGCAGGCUCUGCAGCUGAGUUCCAACUCUGCCUGGAACAGUGUUCAAACAGCAGUGAUAAAUGUGUUCAAGGGGGGAGGCCUGCAGAACAAUGAACUUUACACCCUCAACGAGAACAUCAGACGGCUGCUGAAGAGUGAACUGGGAUCCUUCAUCACAGAUUACUUUCAGAACCAACUCCUUGCCAAAGGCUUGCUGUUUAUAGAGGAGAAGGUUAAGCUGUGUGAAGGUGAGGAUCGCAUUGAUGUCCUGUCUGAGAUCUGGGAUCACUAUUUUACAGAGACUCUCCCUACACUCCAGGCAAUAUUCUACCCAGUCCAGGGUCAGGAGCUGACUAUCCGUCAGAUUGCUCUUCUUGGCUUCAGAGACUUGGUCCUGCUGAAAGUGAAGUUGGAAGAAAUUCUCCCCCUGGUCCAGACAAAGCUCCCAGCUUCCAUUGUCCAGAUGCUGUUAAUUCUGCAGAGUGUCCAUGAACCCAGCGGCCCCACCAAGGGCUACCUACAGCUGGAAGAGCUGGUCAAGCAAGUGGUCUCACCAUACCUGGGGUUGUGUGAGGAUCACAGCUGCUCUGGCAGCACCUGCUUGCUUGAGAGGCGGCACUCCAGGUCCCGCCCGAAGACCGGAGCGCUGAGUUACUCAUCCCAGGUGGUGUCCAGCAGGCAGCCCAGCGAGACGCCCCUGACCCCACUGACAGAGCAGGAGGGGGAGGCCUACCUGGAGAAGUGUGGCAGCAUCCGUCGCCACACCGUCGCUAACGCCCAUUCGGACAUCCAGCUGCUGGCCGUGGCCUCCAUGAUGCACACGGGAAUGGUGGCCGAGGAGCCGGACAGCGCCGACAAACGCCUCCUCCUGCAGCCCGGUUUUAGCCACAGGCAGUGCUCCAGCGAGCCCAGUAUUGCUGAUGGGCCAGAGGCAGGCCUGGCAGCAGGCAGGCAGGAGCCCGCGGAGCUGAGCUGCACGUUGGUCAGCUAGAAGAAGGCUCGAGAGGAGAGAGCUGGGCAGUGCCGUGUCGUCGCUGCUGGGAAGGGAAGACAAGUGGGAGCUCUGCUCGUGUCGGUGAAAUGGCUGGGGAGGACCUCAUGUCUUCUGGGCAGUGCUCUCCAGAUUUCUUUUUCUUGCCUGUUUGGGCUCAUUCUUGGUGUGGAGAUACCAGGCUGCUCCUGAAGGCGAGCUGAGGGCUGCAAAGGUUCCACUGUUGAAUAGCACAUGUUGAAUAGCCUUCUGUGAGCUUUCUUCCUCCACUGCUGCAAACACAGCCUCAGGUUUUUCUCUGGUUCCUUGGUAGGAUGCAAAUUGGCCUCUUUCUGCUUUUCUCUGCCUUUCCCAGCUUUCUGCUGCUUGUUUGCUCUUGGUUCCUGUCGCAGAGAGCUGGGUGCUAGACAUUCUCUUUGCUUCUGGGGCGGUUGUGGCGGAGGGGACUGCAUUUUUCUCUUGCAGUGGAACUCAGGGAGGAAAGCAUUUGCAUCCUGCUCAGGUGGCUUGUGAGAGAAGAUCCUUGGGUUUGUCCUCCCACCGACAUGGAUGAAAAGUCCAAAUCUAAAGAAAUCAGACUUGGUUUUGUUGCCCAGACCUGAAGAGGACUGAGUACAUGUGGGGUUCCCGAUGAGGACUUCAUAUGUGUUUCAUUUGGUUGCAGUCAUCUUUAGUGGGGGGCAUUGUGUAAAUGGGGUGCAAAAGGAGGGGUGGGGUUUUAAAUGGAGGACAAAAUACAGUCCUAUGCAUCCUUGCGUUUGGCACCAAUUCGCUUUCAGUUCUUCAGUGGUGGUAGACUGCAGCGAAAGGAAAAGUCUCGAUGGAUUCCCUUGGGAAGGAGACUCCAGGCAAAGUCUGCAGCUGUGCAGGAGACAUCAAGGUGCUUCUUAGCACUGGGCUGUCACAAUUCCAGAUGGGAGGUGCCAAGCAGGGUUUCAUCCUUGGGCUGUUCUGGUACUUCUAGCACUUGUGCAUUUCAUAAAACCAUAGAAUGGUUUGGGUUGGAAAGGACCUCCAAAGGUCAUUCAGUCCUACUCCUCUGCACUCAGCAGGGACAUCUUCCCCUAGAGCAGGUUGCUCACAGCUUUAUCCAGCCUCACCUUGCAGAUCUCCAGGCAUGGGACCUCAACUCCCUCCCUAGGAAACCUGUUGCAGUGUCCCAGCACCCUCCUGGUGCAGAACUUGUUCCUCACAUCCGAUCUCAAUCUGCUCUGCUCUCAUUUCAAACCAUUUCAAGGCCAGGUUCUGCCGCCCAGGCGUGCUUGUGUUGAAAAGCAGAGAUUGAGUUGUGCUGGCUGCCUGCUCCUUGGAGUCCAGCAGAGGCCAGGGAGAUGCAGCUUCAAGCAGUCUUUCCUUCAGGUGGACUCCAGGACAAGUUCCCCUCCUAUUCAUAAGCUGGACUGACCAGGCCAACUCAUUCAUUGCCAUCUGCCCCAGGGCAGCUGUGGAUCCUGGUGGAGCUUCAGAAUCACUCUGGUAGACAGCCAGAGCUAGCAGACCAUGCUGGUCUCAUCUUGGCACAGGACCUCUGUGUGGGGCAGAUGAUGGCAGCCUGCUCAAGAGGCAUUUCUUGCAGAAUCACAGAAUGGUUUGGGUUGGUUGGAAAGCCCUUUCAGAUAGAGUCCAACCUUUAACUCUACCCGGGCUGGUGCUAACCCAUAGCCCUCAGCACCAACACCUCUGCCUCUUGGAAACACCUCCAGGGACAGGGAUUCAACCACCUCCCUGGGCAGGUUGAGAACCCUUUUCAGCAGCCCCUUGCAGUGAUCUAAAGCCUUGCCUUGGUCACAGUGGGGCCUGUGACCUUUCUUGAUUACACAUUUUAAAGGGUUUUAAGGAAGUGACCAACCUGCAGCAUUUCAGUUUGCUCUCAUGAGUGCUCUUCUUCCUGUUCUGUAACCCAUCUGCUUGCUGCAGGUACUCCAACAUGUGCCUUAGUGAGCAGUGCCCUCUAUCAGAGGGAAAGUUAGAAGGAUUUCUUUAUUUCCUGACCUGUUCUUGCAUGGUCUUUAGAGCUGACAGGCAUCCAGCCCUGGUUUUAACUUGAAUUUCUGUUGUGGAUGUAUCAUUGGAAUUAUUUGGAUUUUGUGUCUGUUCUUUCACAAAACUUUGCACUGAGCCUCUCCAAACCAUGCACUUCCCAAGAUGUUUUGGGUUUGAAGGAGAAUUAAAGCUGCUGACCUAACUUUUGUUAACUGAAGGGAAAAGAAAAUAGCCUCUUCUGUAAACCACACA